ACUUUCCGUCUGUUUAUUUUUAUUGAGGUUUUUAUCGCUCGAGUUUUAAGUGAAUUUUAAGUUAUUUUUGAUAUAUACUAUUUUUCAAAAUGUCUAGUAUCAGUAUUUGCUUUUCAAGAAACUUAUUUAGAAAAAGCGCUGUUGUUUCACGUAUAUGUUCGAAACCCUUGAGUACAUCAAGUGUUCGACAAAAGAUUUUUAAAAUACAAGAUGAAAAAGAUUUUGAAAAUAUGGUUUUAAAGAGUGAUCUACCUGUUGUUGUUGAUUUUAAAGCAAGCUGGUGUGGACCUUGUAAAAUGCUUGAACCAAGACUUGAAAUUGUUGUUAGUAAAUAUGCUGAGAAAGUGCAUUUGGCAAAAGUAGAUAUCGAUGAAAAUUCAGAAAUUGCUAUGAAUCAUGAUGUACAGGCAGUGCCUCAUGUUCUUGGUUAUCGAAAUGGACAGCCACAGAAAAGUUUUACUGGCUUAAAAGAUGAAGACCAGAUUGAAAGUUUUGUAAAGGAACUAAUUGGCAGCUAACAAUGCAGAUUGAUAGGCAGUUUUUCUAAAUUAUGAUUGUUACCAUUCUUCUAGCUUAAUAAAAAUAUUUGCAAUAAAAUAAUUUUUUGAAAAA